AUGCGGAGUUCCGCCGCGCUGCCCCACCGCCGGUGGUUCUUCUCCACCGGCCCCAGCGCUUCCUCUGGGAGGCCCAGAUUACUUUGUUGCUCUGCCCCGCCGCUCCCAGCCACCGCCGCCCCCUAUGAUUUUACUCCUCCCUCGGCGGAGGUGGGAAGACCCGAGAAUGACUCAGAAUCCCUCGUCGACCACCGGACCUCGCCGGUGAGUGCGCUUCUCGGGGAACCCACCUCGAGUUCCAGGGUCGCCGCCAAUGCGUUGCCGGAUGGAACUAACUGUUCUGAGAAGUUUGUUUCGGGAGAGGGGAAAAAUGCGCAGUCGGCUGUUGAGAAGGCCGACCCUGUGAGCCGACUCUCCCAGCUAGCCCAGUUGUUCGCUUCCUCCAACUUAUCUUCCCCGCGAACGCGCGAAGAAGGUGCUGGCAUCGUUCUGCGGGACAAAGGUUUUACUCUUCCCGAUAGGUGGCUCAAGAAGAACGAUUGCUCUGCAGAAAACGAUGUGUCCCUCUGGCGGAUACCUCAACCUGUGCCGCCAUCCGACUUUUCAGAGGAAGACGUCAUCAACUCUCUGUUGGAGAAGCAGCUCAAACCGAAAGAUGCCUUGAAGUACUUCAUGUGGAUCAAGGAGCACAGUAGCUCUGUAUGCGGAGUCGAUUCCCUCUGUGUGCUCCUCCAGAUCCUGGUGCAGUACCAGCAUUUCUUGGGCGCCCGAGAGCUUAUGAUUCGUUCAUUCUCGGCGCUGGGGGCUCCCGACCCAAGCACCCUGAUUGACCGCCUGAUAGAGUGCUCUAAAAGAUACGGCUUUGAUUGUGAUUCCAAGGUCCUAAAUCAGGUCUUGAGCUGCUAUGUACGUGUUGGUAGGGAAGAAGAUGCUUUGAAGACCUUCUACCAUAUGCUUGGGCAUGGAAUUGUGCCAUGCAUCACGGCAAGGAACUGCCUGUUAGCUGGCCUGGUGAAAAAGAACGCUACAAAAAAGGCUCGAGACUUGUAUGUCGAAAUGCGCCAGAUGGCCAUGGAUUUUGACUGCUUCACGAUCGAUAUACUAAUGCAGGCCUGCUUGAAGGAAGGGAAGGAGAAGGAUGCUGAGGAGUACUUUGCUGAGAUGACGGCCGAAGGGUUGACACCAGAUGAAGUGGCCUUUGCCACCGUGAUCCAGCUAGUCUGUAAGAGGCCUGAUUCCAGGAGAGCUUGCCAGUUGCUGGAUUUGAUGAAACAUUCAUGCCUGACUCCUUCAGGGGUGAUUUACACCUGGGUGAUCAGUGCCUGUGUGAAGGAGAGGAAUAUGACCCAGGCAUUGCAGUUGAAAGAUGAGAUGCUGACCUGUGGCUGGAAAAUGAAUGUGUUUGCUGCCACUAAUCUCAUGCAGGGAUACUGCCAUCAAGGCGACUUCAAUGCUGCUUUGGACCUGCUCUACGAAAUAACCAGGCAAGGAAUUGCUCCAAACAAUGUAACCUACGCUGUUCUCAUCGAAGGUGCCUGUAACAGCAACUCUGUAGAGAAGGCCUGUGAACUUUAUCAAGAAAUGAGACAGAAGGGCAUCACCCCGAGUGUGUAUACUGCCAACUCUGUGUUGAAAGUUCUGCUGGACAGAGAUGAUUUGGCAUCAGCGUCUAAACUGUUUGAUGAGCUGGUUGGUCUCGGUGUGGCCAAUGUCUUCACUUACAAUUCUUUGAUGCACUGGUUUUGUCAGCAGGGAAGAACGAAAGAAGCAUAUGAUAUAUGGGAUGAGAUGGUGGAGAAGGGAAUCAAGCCUAGCAAUGUUUCUUACAAUAAUUUGCUGCUUGGGCACUGCAGACAUGGGGACAUCAAUUCGGCAGCAAUGCUAUUUGACCAUAUGUCUGAGAUGAAGAUCAAACCUGACGUCUUUGCUUUUACUACCAUGAUUGAGGGGUAUUUCAGGAAGGGUGAUGUUGAAUGUGCUCUUGAUCUGUACAGAAAUAUGUUGGCUGCGGGUGUUUCUCCCAGUGGGUUUACAUUCAACACCAUUAUAAGUGGGCUUUGCAAGGCGGGUCAAGUCUCUGAUGCAAUUGCUAUGCUAAAUUUUUUUAAGGAAGAUCAGGGAUUUGUACCGAUGUGCAUGACUUACAACAGCAUCAUCAAUGGUUUUGUAAAGCAGGGUAACAUGAGUGAAGCUCUCUCUAUGUAUCGACAGAUGUGCAAAGAUGACAUGGCCCCUUCUGUGGUCACUUAUACCAUUUUCAUGGACGGGUAUAGCAAGAGAAGCAGCAGCGACCUUGCAAUGAAGAUUCGAAAUGAUAUGAUAAGCAGGGGUCUCCAGCUAGAUACUGCAGCACACAACGCUGUGAUUGAUGGGUUCUGCAAGACGGGAAACAUGGAAGUCGCACAUCGGCUUUUUGAUGAGUUGCUUGCAAGUGGGUUUUCGCCCACUGCAGUCAUCUACAACAGCCUCAUAUGUGGCUACAAGAAGCAAAACAAUAUGGAGGCUUCAUAUGAGUUGUAUCGGAAAAUGUGCGAAGAAAACAUCCCUUGUGACUUGGCCACAUAUACGACAUUAAUUGAUGGUUCGCUGAAAGCUGGUGACCUUGCCUGUGCAUCAGAAAUGUUUGAUGGCAUGCUGUCGAAGGGAAUUGUCCCAGACGUUAUAACCUAUUCCACACUCGUGCAAGGGUUUUGCAGCAAUGGGCAGCUUGAAAAUGCCCGCAGGAUCUUUGACAGAAUGAAUAGAGAAAACAGGAGCCCUGGUGCUCUCAUCUACAACACGUUGAUCCAAGGGUACUUCCGGGAGGGUAAUCUGCAGGAGGCAUUUAGAUUGCAUGAUGAAAUGCUGGACAGGGGCCUUGUCCCAUUUGAUAGAGCAUAUGAUAUUCUCAGAAACUCAUGCUCUGGUGGAAGUACGCCUAUUGUUGGGCCUCAGACUUCUGUGGGCAAUUCGUCUCAUAGAUCUACAUCACUCACAAUCACCACUUUGUUUGUUUGA